AUGUUACAUGUUACAUGUUACAUAUACAAGAGUUAUUUAUAUAACACGGCGGCUGAAUAUACAGAACUCAGAGACAAACAAAGUGAAAGUAAAAUGUAAAGACAAGCUUACAGUUGUGUCUCCAUGAUGGUGUCCAGAUGUUCUCUGACUGCAGUAAACGCUCCAUCGUGAAGCGGCUGAGGUCCAAGGCCGCGUCCUGCUUCCGGCGGAGGAACACCAACGUGUGCGGUAACUCUCGGGUGGAGCAGGGAGAGCAGUGCGACCCGGGGCUGCUGCACAUCAACUCGGACCGCUGCUGCACCGCCGAGUGCCGGCUGACCGCCGGAGCUCAGUGCAGUGACAGGAACAGUGCGUGCUGUAAGAACUGCAGGUUCGAGUCCGAAGGAGAAGUGUGUCAGGAGCCCAUCGACGCCACCUGUAAAGGACACUCGUACUGCACAGGAAACAGCAGCGAGUGUCCUCCUCCAGGGGACGCUGCAGAUGAAACCGUGUGUCUGGACAGCGGAGAGUGUCUGAAGGGAGAGUGUGUUCCCUUCUGUCAGGCCGUCCUCAAGCUGCAGCCCUGCGCCUGCAACG